AUGAAAAACAAGUCAGGCCUUUACAUCUCUGAUUUAGAUCUCAUGUUGCACCAUCAUUGGAUUCUCGACGAAGAUGUCUUUACGCACGGGCGCCUGCGCGUGCAGAUGGCUGCAGCGCUCGUUCUAGCUGGCGCUACCUCGACUUGUCCUGGCGCCCUGAUCGAAAACUUGCGCUAUAAGGACGUGGCGUUCUAUCUAUUCCCACCUGUGGUGGCCGGCGGUCGAGCACGCGUCGGAAUGGUAAUAACCUUGACGAAACUCAAAAGGACCGGCGGUAUAUCCCGGCCGAAAAAGUAUGGAUUCCACGAAGAGGAUACCUUGUUGCACGAUCCUGUCCUGUACAUGGAGAGCCUGGCUCUUGCGGAUAACGCAUUCGAAUCCAAGUUUGUCAGCCCUGAAGAGCUCUAUCGUCUCGUUGUACCCUCGAAGAACAGUAGUAUACUCAUUCCAUGGAAAACCGAGUGGCAGGAAAGAUACAUUUUUCGAGAUUCCCAAAAGGCUAAAAACAACACGACCAUAGCCCUUGAUCGGGCGUUUCCAUACGGGAAGGCGCGGAAAUAUUUGAUCCGCAAAAAGCUGAACAAGGCACUCUCUCCGGAGGAGCGCAAUCAAAGCAUGGGGCAUACGCUAGGGGACUCGUCAACCUAUGUACGAUUUUACAUGCCCGACUUUAUCGAGGUUGAUUUUCAAGAGAUUAUUUUUGGUAGUGAGCCACAACGGGACCUAAUCCAUCUUAUGGGCCGACUUCUUCGCCGGGGUGAUGCCCCCAAAGAGCUCACCGAGGAACAAAAGGCAGAAACCAGGCAGGAUACGAAACUGGUCAGAAUUCGAGAAAGACGGCAAAGGGUUCUCGCUAAGAUUAGACAGCAAGGAUUGACUCUGACAACGGCAAAAACGCAUGGCGAAGCCCUGCUCCAUCAAUAUAAUCACUACCAUAAGCAAGCGGAGCAGAGAAAGAUGCUGCACGAUAAGCGACUAAACCAGGCUAUACAGCAGUUUCAUGACUCUGCAGAUGCUGAAGAAAUCAGACGCCAACUUAAUGGGAUCCGGCCAUCGGAACUUCUUGUAUCACCCACAGUUCAAUACCAGCUUCACGAAAGAGCCGAAGUCGCAAAACUAUUUCUAGAGGCUACCCAGGUUUCUGACAGGAACGGGCUCUAUGUGUGCCGUAUUAAGCUUGUAAAAGGUUUAGCCUUACUUAGCCGCCAACAAGAAAAACCUCGCCGUCGCCAAGCAGAUCCUAGUCACAAGCCUACGGAGUCUAGCGAUCUGCUCGAGCAUGUAAUGAGCAAACACAAAAGCAAUUCUGAACCAUUCCACUGUCCCUACUUGAGCUGUGAGGGCAUUAUUGGAGGCGUAAGCUUACAAUCAAGGGCACAGCUCCUACCAGUUCCUGCGAAUGGCUCGUCAUUAUGUCUCUUCUGCCGUUGGGUAGAUGCUGAACGACAUAUUCACGACCAAUACUUACGGAGCAUUCAUUUUCCAUUCCCUUGUUCCUUUCCUGGAUGUCUGGAAGCGCUCAGGACGGCUAGUCAGUUUGCAGGCCACGUAGGCCACCAGCAUGCCCUUCGGCUCCCGCCAGCUGUCCUCUCGAAGUAA